AUGAUUGCCUUGCUGGCAUUGCUGACACUUGUGGCUGCGCACAAUGGCACCUGCCCCGCCACCAAGAAGUGUGGGGGUGACGCGGGUGAAGCUGGACUACCUUGUUGUCAAAUCACAUCUUCCACCUUUGAGUGCUGUUCCUCGUCAGAGGCUUGCAUUCCGAAGGUUGGUUGCCGUUGCUCGAUCAAGGACUAUGAGGAAUACAGCUUCCAGCAAUUUUGCUCAGAGUUUUCCAAAACCUACGAAGCAGAAGAAGCUGCAGAGAGGCAGGCGGUUUUCGAGGCCAACUUGAAGAAGAUUCAAGCUCACAAUGCCGAAUACAAAUCCGGCUUGCACUCUUGGUACAUGGGAGUGAACCAGUUCGCAGAUUGGUCCGAAGAGGAGUUCGGAGGAAUCAGGGCAACUCAGUAUCAUCCAUCAUCUUUCCAAGCAUCCAGCACACUGCAAUUGACCAGCACCAAGCCCCGACCUGAAAGCAUGGAUUGGCGCAGCAAAGGUGUCGUCACUGCGGUGAAAAACCAAGGUGGUUGCGGAUCUUGUUGGGCUUUUUCGGCGACUGAAACCGUAGAGUCUCAAUAUGCCAUCGCUUCUGGAAAGCUGCUAACAUUGGCGCCACAGACCUACGUGAAUUGCGUCGAAAAUCCUCAUGAUUGUGGUGGAACUGGCGGCUGUGAAGGGGCCACCAUGGAAUUGGCUUUCAACCUCACCAUCUCCAAAGGGAUCGCCUUGGAAAGCGAUUUGCCUUACAAAGGGAGAGAUUCGACCUGCCAAGCGUACACUGCAGCAGUGAAGGCUAGCAGCUACAUCCGGCUCCCAGUGAAUGACCCCAGCGCUUUGGAGGCUGCAUUGGCAAUAAAAGGCCCGGUCUCUGUGACGGUAGCAGCUGGAUCAUGGCAGCUGUAUGCUGGUGGCAUUUUCACCGGCUGCAGCAAACACGACAGCGCCAUUUUGGAUCAUGGUGUCCAAGCAGUGGGCUAUACCAAAGACAGUUGGUUGAUUCGCAACAGUUGGGGAGAAUCCUGGGGAGAGAAGGGCUACAUCCGGCUUUCACGUGCCAGUGAUUCCAAGACUUUCAUUGACACCAGGCCUGCAGAUGGAGAAGCCUGCAAACCAUAUCCCAAGACUCAAACAGUUGGGGGUGAAUGUGGGGUGCUCUUUGACAGCUCUCUUCCAGCCGGAGUGACCGCAGCCUCCACCCAGCUUGUUGUCUAA